AUGGUGCAAAACGGUAAACCCGCGGCAAAGGCGUGCGACGCCUGUCGACGACGCAAGCUUCGAUGUCGACAGAAUAUAUCCGAACCUUCACUGGACUCUAGGUGCCUUAGAUGUGUGCAGACUGACCUGCAGUGCACCUAUAACGAUGAACGGCGGCAGAGGGGACCAAAAACAGGAAGCCGGUUGAGAGAACUUCGAGCUUCGCAAGGCAUUCGUUCAAAAGAGACGCUCUGCUCUUCAACCCCAUCACGCCCCAGUCCUGGAGGCCCUGAGGCUCAGGAACAUGAAACGCCUGGUGGUGGUUUUGAAGGCCGGGAUGACCAUUCUUCCCAGUCCACGGACUCUGCCUCGUAUGGAUUCGCAGGAGAUUACUUCAACAACAUGAGUCCUGAGCAUACGGAUACGGGCGUUUCUUUACCCCCCGACUUUAAUUUGGACCAGCUCAUCUUUUCCACUCCGGAUGUCCUGCCUUUUGAUUUCGAUUCAACAGCCAUGGCUGAACCAAAUUGCGCGGUUGAAGUUGCCCGCAACGCUCCCUCAUUCCCACCCGAAGAUGGUAUCGACUUUUCAAAAGAAGCCCUUACGGCUGAGGUGUCGAAGUAUUUCUGGGCCGUAUACCAGCGCUACCCAAUGUGGCAUCUCGACACUCUCCUCAGCAAGAUUGAGCGCGGAGAGCACACCACCAGCAAUGAAUUCCGCUCAACCUGUCUGUCCAUCUAUCUUCUCAACGAAUCAGUCCUGUUUCGCAAGAAUCCGCACCACGGUUCAUCUCGCUUGAUACAAAUAGCGACGGCGAUUGAAUCGACUCGUGCUUCCUGCAACGGAGACCACUUUGCCGAGUGUCCGUCUACCAAUGCCGUCAUUGCCUCGCUGGUCCUAUUCAUUGCAUACAGUGUCUGCGACAGGCAUAACCUGGCGUUUUACCAUCUCAAUGAAGCAGCUGGAUUGCUUCGUCUGAUUGACCCCGACAAGCUGGACUCUCUCGACAGCGCGUUAUACCGCCGUCUCGAAGCCAUCCUGUUCAUCACAGAGUCGGCAUCAAUUCUAGUCUAUGGAAAGGCACGCAAGAACAGAAUGAUUCCAUGUCCCGAGAACUUGAGCACCCUCGAAUCUUCAAUGCGGUGGUACCCCGAGCAAUACCGGCCAAGCUCCGUCCUACCAAGCGACCUCGCAAACAUCCACCUCGGCUCUCUGGAUAACAAAGCCGUCAACCUUCUCUACGCCCUCGUGAGUCUAUACAACGCCACCACCGCCGAGGAAAUCUCCAAAAUAUCCAUCUCCAGCCCCGCCGUGUCGGAAGUCAUCGAGCAGGGCGUCCUGGGAAACGCAUCCCUCCAAGCAGCCGACGUGGACAUCACGCGACAAUGGCAGCUCUGUCUGCGCUGGCAGGAAGUGUUGUCGUCUCGGAAGGACAAGGCGUCUUCUCAUUGUGCCCCUGGUGCGGGAUACACGCUGCAGAUAAUGGGGCUCACUGUCCUGCAGUACAGCCGGGCCAUACGACCUGGGGAGUGUAGGAUCGUGGGGCAUGGCAAGCUGGCGAGUCUUGCGACGGCGAUAUAUGACAUUGCUUCGAAUCUGGGCAUUCUUGCCAAUUGUACGGCUGUUAUUGGGGAUUUGAUAAGGACGGUGUAUGAGAUGGAUUAUGAGAGGUAUUUUGCGCCGGAGCUGAGCCUCGUGCAGUUGUGUAUUGAGAAGGUGCCUAGGCAGAUUACGUGUGGGGAGGAUAAUUUGAUGGUUGAGGAGGGACAGUGA